AUGGGCUGCUGUGGAGAUCGCGAGAAGGGCGUCACCGUCACCGAGGAGCAGAAGUGGGACUACGUUAACCUCUCAGACUUCAAGUCAUCCUCCUGUCUUACGCCCUUUUCCUAUGUCUGGCUAUGGAUCCUCGUCAUCGUCUCCUGCGCCGUAUACGCCGCCGACGCCUUCACCGCCGUCAACCUCCUCGCCUUCAACAAGUGGUCGAGUCAAGUCAAGCCCAAGGUCCCCUUCGAGGUCGCCAAAUGGAUCUUUGCCAUCACCAUCAUCAUCUCCUACCUCUUCCUCCUAUACCGAUGGAUCAUGUGUCUGCGUGUCAUGCGCUCAGGGAGCGUAACGGAAUGCUAUCUCGAGCCUCUCGCAGUCAUACUGCAGAGUAUGCGACUGACCAAGAGCGGCCAGGGCUGGCGACGCUUCCUGGUCUUUGCCGAGUUGACCAAGAGUAAAAAGGGUGCCAACUACAUCGCUCUCUUCGUCUACUUUCAGUUCAAGAGCGCCCUGCUCGUCAUCGUGGCCCAAGGCCCUCGCGUCGCCAUCAAUGGUAUGACACUAUACGCCGUCAUGCAAGCCCAGCUUCUCCCCAUUGGCGACCAUGCCUCCAAAGAUCGCUCAGGCUUCGAGCAGUUUUUCCUCAACAUCAAGGUCAUGGUUGAGCAGGGCAACAAGCAGGAGACGGUCAUCUACUUCACCAUGUUGUUCUCGUUGGUCAUCUGGGUCUUUGCUGCUCUGGGCCUGCUCAUCUCUGCCUUGCUAUACAUCUUCUUCCUUUGGCACUACAUCCCCCGAGCUGACGGAAGCCUGACCAACUACUGCCGUCGCAAGGUUGAGACUCGUCUGGAGCGCAUCGUGGGCAAGAAGAUCAAGAAGGCGAUAGAGAAGCACGACCAGCAGCGAAGACGAGAGGAGCAAAAGGCCAUCAAAAAGGGAGCCCUCGACCCCUCACAAACGCGACCCACGCUCCCGAAACUUGGCGGACAGGACGGUGAUACCUCUUCCAUCUUUUCGAUACAGCGAUCGGAUACCAUGAGCUCGAACACCGCCCUCCCGCCACCCUACUCGUCAAACGCGCCGUCCCGCACGAACACAAUGAACACGAUGAAUACCAACGGGAGCAUGUCGAAGCCGUCACUGCUGUCGAAGCCGUCACUACCGUCGCUAGAUGAGAGACCUGGCAUGUCAACCAGAACAACUACACAGGGCACAAACUAUUCUACAGCAAGCUAUGCUGGCGGCAUGGGAAGGUCAUCACCAGCACCUACCCUGCCACCUCUAGACCGCAAUGGUGAUUACUUCGGCGAGCAGCCACCUCGAGCUUACGGCUCAACUGGCCGGCCAUUCUCGCCAAUGUCUCAAGGCAGGGCAUCUCCACGUCCACCUCGUGGACCUCUUCCACCUGUCGAUACGAGCUACUCCAGCAGACGAUAUGAGUCUGACCCUCAGCUCAUCUCGCCGCUGCCCAGUGACGUGCGAGGCCCGCCCUCGGUUCAAUCGAACCGACCGUACCCUGAGUUCAGUCCGUUUGAUAGCCGUGGGCCACAGAUGGGGCCUGCUUACGAGCUAUCCCCUGUUGAUGUGAACCCCGUGGAUGACAUUCCUCCUUACUACUCGAAUCCACACGGCUCGGACGAUUACCACCAGCCACCUCAGAUUCCUAGUGUGUUGCGGGCCGGAUCUCCAGCUAUGUCGCAACCGUCUGGCUUACCGCAUCACCCACGCGCCGGUACCGCACCUCCGCGACCUGGGCUACCCGCGAGCCUGCAAUCGGCCAUCCAGCGCCGCGAAGCUUCACAGCCGCUCCCGAAUAGAGGAAUGAACAGCUCCGUCCAGCAGCAACGAAGCGCAACUGCGCCUAUUCAGCAACAACGCAGCGCGACUGCACCCGUUCAGCAACCAAGCUGGAACCAAGCACCUGCACCACGCAGCUACACUCCCUCAGCACCUCGAAACUACGACAAUAGCUACGGCUAUUAA